AUGGCCACCCACGCAGCUCUUGCCCCUUCAAGAAUCCCAGCCAAUACCAGACUUCCCUCCAAGAUCAACCACUCUUUCCCUACUCAAUGCUCCUCGAAGAGGCUAGAAGUGGCAGAGUUUUCUGGGCUUAGAGCCAGUUCAUGUUUAACCUACGCCAAGAACGCUAGUGAGGGAUCCUUCUUUGAUGUGGUGGCUUCCCAACUUGCUCCCAAGGUUGCAGUAUCAACUCCUGUUAGGGCAGAAACUGUGGCCAAAUUAAAAGUGGCUAUCAAUGGAUUUGGACGCAUUGGCAGGAACUUCCUGCGAUGCUGGCAUGGUCGCAAAGACUCGCCCCUUGACGUGAUUGUUGUCAAUGACAGUGGUGGUGUCAAGAACGCUUCCCACUUAUUGAAAUAUGAUUCUAUGCUUGGAACUUUCAAAGCAGAGGUGAAAAUUGUGGACAACGAGACCAUCAGUGUGGAUGGCAAGCCCAUUAAAGUUGUUUCCAGCAGAGACCCUCUUAAGCUUCCUUGGGCAGAGCUCGGAAUAGACAUCGUUAUUGAGGGAACAGGAGUUUUUGUGGACGGUCCUGGUGCUGGGAAACAUAUUCAAGCUGGUGCCAAGAAAGUUAUCAUCACUGCUCCAGCCAAAGGUGCUGAUAUUCCAACCUACGUUGUCGGUGUUAAUGAAAAGGACUACGACCAUGAGGUUGCCAACAUUGUGAGUAAUGCUUCUUGCACCACAAAUUGUCUGGCUCCUUUUGUGAAAGUCAUGGACGAGGAAUUCGGCAUUGUCAAGGGAACAAUGACGACCACUCACUCCUACACUGGAGAUCAGAGGCUCUUGGAUGCUUCACACCGUGACCUGAGGAGAGCCAGGGCUGCAGCAUUGAACAUAGUCCCAACAAGCACCGGUGCAGCCAAGGCUGUGUCUCUAGUGCUGCCUCAGCUCAAGGGAAAGCUCAAUGGCAUUGCCCUCCGGGUCCCGACACCUAAUGUUUCAGUUGUUGACCUAGUUGUGAAUGUUGAGAAGAAGGGCAUGACAGCAGAAGAUGUCAAUGCAGCCUUCAGAAAGGCAGCUGCUGGACCAUUGAAAGGCGUAUUGGACGUCUGCGAUGUUCCUCUUGUGUCUGUCGACUUCCGGUGCUCUGAUGUCUCUUCGACCAUCGACUCUUCACUGACCAUGGUCAUGGGAGAUGAUAUGGUCAAGGUUGUCGCCUGGUACGACAACGAAUGGGGAUACAGCCAAAGAGUUGUUGAUUUAGCACAUCUUGUAGCCAUCAAGUGGCCAGGUGUGGCUGCAGCAGGAAGUGGAGACCCAUUGGAGGACUUCUGCAAGACAAAUCCAGCUGAUGAGGAAUGCAAAGUUUAUGAAGCUUAG